UGAGCUGAGCCGAGGGAGGCGAGGCCCAGUGCACUGCAGGGAGUGUCACAUGCGCCCCACGUGCCAAUCCAAUCUCGCGCGCGUGCCUCCGCGGCAUCCUGGCCGUCCGUCUGUCCUCCCACACGUGUCGGCACGCGCGCCGCAGCGUGCCAAGCCAUAACCCCGCACGAGCGGAACCCUAGCGAGCGUGCGUGCGUGUGUGGGUACUCUCGUCCUCUUCCCCGAGCCAGUACCACGGUCCACGGGCGGCGGAGUGGAUCCGGACUGGCGGGGCGAUGCUGCGACUGGAUCCGGGCGGCGGCGAGGACGAGGCGAUGGGGAUCAAGGAGGAAGACGACGACGAGGAUGAAGACGAUGAGCAAGAGGAGGACUACUUGGUGAUGGCGGGCGACGAGCAAGCCGAGGAGCAGCAGCAGCGGAGGCGUGGAGGCCGGGCGCGGGAGGAGAAGGAGCGGACGAAGCUGCGCGAGCGGCGGCGGCGCGCGAUCACGGGGCGGAUCCUGGCCGGGCUGCGGCGGCACGGCAACUACAGCCUCCGCGUGCGAGCCGACAUCAACGAGGUGGUCGCCGCGCUCGCCCGCGACGCCGGCUGGGUCGUCCUCCCCGACGGCACCACCUUCCCCUCCUCCUCCCAUUCCCAGACGCCUCGCCCCGCGAUGCUCGUCCCGGUCUCCGCCGCGCCGCCGCCGAUCUCCUCCGCCUCCGCCUCCGCGCUCGCGCCGCCGCUCCGGGGCAUCGUUUCCUCCCCGCUCGCCGCGCGCCCCAUCUCCCGCCGAGCCGCCGCCGUCGCCGGGCCGUCGUACUCCGCGCUCCGGUCCUGCUCCUCCCUCUCCUCGCCGCCGCGCGCCGCCCGCGCCGUGCCCGAGGACGACGCAUCCCCGCUGCUCGCCGUGCCCGUCCCCGACGACCACGGCAUGGGCGCCCAAGACGGCGACGCGGGCAAGCAGGCCGGCGCCGCGUGCGCUACGACGGCGGUGGUCGCGGUUGCGCCGCCACGCCCGCCGGAGCGGGACUUCGCCGGCACGCCGUACGUGCCCGUCUACGUCAUGCUGCCGCUUGGUGUGGUGAAUGUGAGCGGAGAGGUGGCGGAUGCGGAUGAACUCGUGGGGCAGCUGCGGGUGCUCAAGGCGGCUGGGGUCGACGGGGUCAUGGUUGACUGCUGGUGGGGCAAUGUCGAGGCACAAAGGCCGCAGGAAUACAACUGGACCGGCUACAAGCGCCUCUUCCAGAUGAUCAGGGAGCUUAAGCUCAAGCUGCAGGUGGUCAUGUCAUUCCAUGAAUGUGGAGGCAAUGUUGGAGAUGACGUGUCUAUUCCGCUCCCAGAGUGGGUAAUCGAGAUUGGAAGGAGCAAUCCGGAUAUCUACUUUACUGACAGAGAAGGUAGGCGUAAUACAGAAUGCCUUUCAUGGGGCAUUGAUAAAGAAAGGGUUCUGCAGGGCCGAACAGCAGUGGAGGUGUACUUUGACUUCAUGAGAAGCUUUCGAGUAGCGUUUGAUGAGUAUUUUGAGGACGGGAUCAUUUCAGAAAUUGAGGUUGGGCUAGGGGCUUGUGGAGAGUUACGAUAUCCCUCUUAUGCAGCAAAUCAUGGCUGGAAAUACCCUGGCAUUGGUGAAUUUCAGUGCUAUGACAGGUACUUACAAAAAAAUCUGAGAAAGGCUGCAGAAGCACGAGGACACACCAUAUGGGCAAGAUCGCCAGACAACGCAGGCCAUUAUAAUUCUGAACCAAACAGCACUGGGUUUUUCUGUGAUGGAGGAGAUUAUGAUAGCUAUUAUGGCCGUUUUUUCCUCAACUGGUACUCCCAGGUGUUGCUGGAUCAUGCAGAUCGUGUACUAAUGCUCGCCAGGUUGGCUUUUGAAGGUUCAGCUAUUGCUGUUAAGGUGUCAGGCAUACACUGGUGGUACAAAACUGCUAGUCAUGCCGCUGAACUGACUGCUGGGUUUUAUAACCCAUGUAACCGUGAUGGCUACGCUCCAAUUGUCACGGUGUUGAAAAAACAUGGUGCGGCUUUGAACUUUACAUGUGUGGAAUUGCGCACUAUGGCUCAGCAUGAGGUUUUCCCUGAGGCCUUAGCAGAUCCAGAGGGCCUGGUAUGGCAGGUGCUAAAUGCUGCGUGGGAUGCUGGGAUACCGGUGGCGAGUGAGAAUGCUCUGCCUUGCUACGACAGAGAUGGCUUCAACAAAACUCUGGAGAAUGCCAAGCCACGGAAUGAUCCAGAUGGACGUCAUCUAUUUGGAUUCACCUACCUGAGGCUUUGCAGUGUCCUCUUUGAGAAACCCAACUUUAUGGAGUUCGAGCGCUUCGUUAAGAGGAUGCAUGGCGAGGCAGUUCUCGACCUGCAGGCAUAGAUUGUUAGAGUGUUACAUACAUAUAUAUACGAGUCAUUCUAGUUGGCUCAGACCUUAUGGCUCUUCGGGAACCAUCAUAUGCCAUUUUGUCUUAAAUAGGCAGUAUUAUUGGCUGAUAUUCGAGCUAUUGAAUCCAACAACGUCGCUCCAUGAUGUAAAUCAUAAUUUUGCAUAUAGUAGCUGCCAAGCAGAAGGAUCAGUGGGUUUAUUUUGCCAAACGGUCACCCCACACCAGCAUUGGGUCGUUCGUAGCCCUCUGUAAAAAGAUUGAGGCGGUGCCAAUGCUCAGACUUGCUGAUGCUGUAUUGCUGUUCUCUCACCUGAUGCGCAUGAGCAGCAUACGUUCUUUAUUUUAUUUUUUUACUGAUGAGCAUAAGCGGCAUCGUUAGGCUCUCCCGGUGUUUGUGUUAUGUAUUUUUGUUCUUGCAGAGGGAUGCCAAUGAGAAUUUCGUUGUUCGAAAAUUCCUCCUGUAAUCAAGAAGUUAAUAACAUGUAAUGGAAUUUUGAUUCUAAAUCUCC